AUGUCGUCUUCACCAACCCCCUCGGAGCGCGAAGCCGCCGACAAGGCCACUGCUGCCCGUGAGGCCGAAGAGCAGGCCAAGCUCCCAUACAAGUGGAUGCAAACCAUCCAGGAUGUCGACUUGACUGCUCAGGUCCCUGGAAACCUCAAGGCUCGCGACUUUGACAUCAAGAUCACAAAGGACCACUUGCGCGUCGCUAUCAAGGGCCAGGACCCCAUCAUCGAUGAACUCGCCGUCCACCUUGACAAGGUCAACAAAAUGGAAUGGUGGGCCCACGUCGUCAAGAAUGCUCCCAAGAUCGACACCUCCAAGAUUGCCCCUGAGAACAGCAAGCUCAGCGACCUCGACGGCAACACCAGAUCCAUGGUCGAGAAGAUGAUGUACGACCAGAAGCAGAAGGAAAUGGGUCUUCCCAGCUCCGACGAGCAGAAGAAGCAGGAGAUGCUUGGUGUGAACAAUCCAUUUGCCGUGUCUAAGACCAGUCUUGUGCUAACCUGCCAUCAGNAAAAGUUCAUGGCUCAGCAUCCCGAGAUGGACUUCUCCCAGGCCAAGAUGUCACCAUGA